CUGCGCGCGACAGGAGAUGCUGGCGCACGAGAUGCUCUCCAGGCAAAAGCUCAUGCAGGGGCAGGAGGUCGUGAGCAAGAGCGCAUCAACAACUUCCAUCGGUCCGAAAUUGCGGAGGAUGAACAGCAGCGCCUCGUGGGUGGGGCCCGGCAUGCUUUUCCAGACGCCCGAGCCAGAGGCGGAGGACCUGAUGGUGAGCAGGCAGAGGAGCUGCGACUCGAUCCUGCACUCGCCCAGGCACCGGGACCGCGAGAUCGACCGGAGCGCCACCAGGAUGUACAGCAGCCCGUGCUUGACGACCCAGAGCGUCGUGGACGUGCAGACCCUCCAGGAC